AAUGAUUCUAGCCUCAAUAUUUCUGACAUUACUUUUGGAUUCAAUCAGGUCGUAGAGAACGUACUGUCAAUUGCCUGAUCCUAUUUUUAAUGACGGAGUUAAGAAUUCGACCUGGGGAGAUGCAGAUCCUUCUGAUUGGAAUUACUUAAACUCAAAUGACUGGAAGAGUAUGUUAUUUGUGUUAGAAAGCGUAGGCAAAGUUGUGACUUGUGGUGCCAGCUUUUAAUCUCCCAUAAACAUAAUCACGUCUACUGCAACCAAGGAAUCUACAUUCCCAGCCAUUAAUUAUAUACUGAAGUCUUCAACCAAAAAUUACUUCGAAGCUCAGAGUACUUCUCUUAAACUAUUUAUCCAGGGGAUUAUACCAAGGAAUUGGAAGGAGAGUACGAUUUUAUCACUGCAUUCGAUAUAUCAAAUUCUCAAUACAAAUAUUAUGCUAGGCAGUUCCACAUUCAUACUCCAUCCGAACAUCAAGUCGAUGGAAAAAAUUUUGACUUAGAAGUUCACUUCGUGCAUCAAGUAUGCUUUCAGUUUAUCAGGCUGUCGAAGACGGAGAACAGAGUUGCAAUGACAUCAGAAACAAAUUGACUGUCUUUGGAUUACUCUUCCAAUAGUCCAACACUGCUUCCGAUUACGAAGUGUUCAAGCCAUGGUUUGAUGACACCGUCAAUAGAGUUUCAUCCUUUGAUAUGAAGUAAUCCUCCUCUCUCCUACAUUUAAUAGCGACUUCUUCCAAAGAAUGACUGACAAAACCUAUUAUCAUUACACGGGCAGUCUCACCACUAUGUAUGUUCUUAGAAACUAACCAUAGACCUUGCUCUUAAACUGUCAAUUGGUAUGUUUUUACUUCCCCCUUGCCCAUCUCUAAAUCGCAAUUUAAACAAUUCAAAGACUUCCUCGACAAUGAUGACUACUUCCCCGAUUAAUCCAACAAUCGUCCAGUUCAAAAUCUUAAUGGGCGCACCCUCUACAAAGGAGUAAACAUCAUCAAUCAUAAAUUUCUAGACUGCUUCUUUCAAUGGAGUGACCUCUCUUCCUGUUAUAGAAGCAAGUUGGGGUUCCAUUAUCCAGAUGGCUAUGCUAUUAUUAAUUUAUCUGAUAAUAUGA